AUGGCCACAGUAGGACCUGGAGGAAUUCCAACGACCCUGUUUGGGUUAACAGCAUCGUCAGUGGCUAUAUCAACGUAUUGGGUGGAGCUUCUCUCUUUGGGUUUUGUAGUGGGUAGGAAAAAACCCAUUAUUUGGGUGUUGGAUAUGAACAAGGAGUACUGUGUUCGUUCCACGUUCGUUUGUUACGAUCAUGAGAUGGAUUAUGCCACAUUUUGCCCCAGGAAAGGAGGGCUGGGGGGAGCGCUUGUGCUAACUUCGACAAACGUUAAUGAAGGUCCACCGGGUCUUCAAGGCGCUACGGGAGCCACUGGUGUUACCGGAGUAACAGGAUCAAAUGGAUUGUCACCUACCGGAGCAGCUGGAGUUACUGGACCCACAGGUAAAGCAGGUCCUACAGGAGCAACUGGAAGUUCGGGAGUGGCUGGAGUUUCAGGGGUUACUGGACCUACAGGGGCUACUGGAGCUUCAGGGUCUGGUGGAGCUAUAGGACAAGCCGGAGAUACGGGGGCUACUGGACCUACAGGGGCUACUGGAGCUACCGGGCAAUCCGGAGGAACUACUGUAAUACCAUGA